GAAGCAUAGAGGUGCAGUGACGUCAUCCGCGCCUUUUAUCCACUUUGGAAAAAUUCCAGGUCACCACGACCCGACCCCUAGUUCCAAACAAUUCAACGCUUCGAAGCUUCACGGUUCACACUUCACACAUAUAUAAAUACCCCGCCAGCGCCCGCCUCUUCUCCUCCAAAUUUCGCCACGCAUUUUUUUUUCAUUUCAAAACAGAAGAAGAAAAAAAAAAAUGGAGAAUUCUCACUACAGUCAAUCCCACACGGCUUCAUGGAUCAGAGGCAAGUGCGUAGGCAGAGGCGCGUUCGGCACGGUCAAUAUCGGAGUCAACAAAUCGGACGGUGAAGUGUUCGCCGUCAAGUCCGUGGAUCUCGCCGCGUGUCUCCCCAGCCAGGCGGAGGCGCUCGAGAACGAAAUCCGGAUUCUCCGGUCGCUCUCCUCGCCUUAUGUGGUGAAGUACCUGAACGACGAUCACACGGCGUCGUAUCGGAAUUUGCAUAUGGAGUACUUGCCGGGUGGCACCGCCGGGGACUCUGCUGACGUGGACGAGAGUGUUGUACAGUCGCGGACGUGGUGCGUGGUGUCGGCUCUCAAGUAUGUACACUCCCGGGGGAUUGUUCACUGCGACGUGAAAGGGAGAAAUGUUCUGGUGGGGUCCGGUUCGGACCGGGCGAAGCUAGCGGAUUUCGGUUCGGCCGUGGAUUAUAUGUCGGGGGACGGGUGUAGGGGGAGGAUCUCGCCACGUGGAAGCCCGCUGUGGAUGGCGCCGGAGGUGAUCAGAGGGGAGUAUCAGGGGCCGGAGUCAGACGUGUGGUCGUUGGGGUGCACGGUGAUCGAGAUGGUCACCGGGAAGCCCGCAUGGGAGGACGAGGGAGUCGAGACGCUGAGCCGGAUCGGGUUGUCGGGCGGGUUGCCGGAGUUUCCGACCCGGUUGUCCGAAACGGGUCGGGAUUUUCUGGACAAGUGUCUGAGGAGAGACCCGGAGGAGAGGUGGAGCUGCGAUCAGCUACUGCAGCACCCAUUUCUGGCGUCAGUUUCGCCCAAUGCGGCGGCGGAUUCUUCGCCGCGGUGCGUGCUCGACUGGGUCAACUCGGAGUUCGAAGACGACGAGUACGAAAACGACGAAGAGAGUUGUUCUAUUGACGAGGAUUCCGCUAAGGAGCGGAUUGGUAAAUUGGCCUCGAACUCAGGGGUAGAUUGGGAAUUUUCAGACGGGUGGACGGUGGUGCGGGGCGCAGUAGAAGUAGUGGAAUCCGGCGCGUUUUCGCGGGAAGAGACGAGUUCGGGAUAUUCAGAUCGUGAAGGGGCAUUUUCGGAAGGUGAAAGUUGCGGUGGCGGUGAUUUAGUGGAGUGGGCACGUAAUGAGUGUGAUACGGUUGGCUCAAGUGGUCGUUGGUAUGGGCCGUCGGUGAUGGAAUAUUCGGCGGUGGAGAGGAGGAGCGUCGGCAAAGGAAGAAAGUCUUAUAAUUAUUAUAGCUGGUGUAGUAAUUUGUGUAGAAGCAGAUUUUUACUUCCAUAUUCUUUUGGGGUGAAAAUGAAUAAAUUACUGAUUUUUAUGAGUUGUUAUAUUUUUUUACCUUAUGUUAUCUUUGCUUGGAGAUAUAAUAAAGUCGAAAUUUGGGUUAAAGUCAUGAUGUUCUUUUUAGUUUUGGUUGAAAGAUCUCGAAAAUGGCAUUGUGUUAGGUCAGACUCAUGACUUCCUUUAUAGUUU